GUUGUUCAAAAGACACUGAUGAAGAACAGGACUGAACCAUCUAGCUAAUAGUAUAGGAACUAUGCCGAAGGUUGUUUCGCGAAGUGUUGUUUGUUCAGACACCCGAGAUCGAGAGGAAUACGAUGACGGAGAAAAGCCCCUUCAUGUUUAUUAUUGUUUGUGCGGUCAAAUGGUGUUGGUUCUCGACUGUCAACUGGAGAAACUUCCCAUGCGACCAAGAGACAAAGCAAGAGUAAUAGAUGCUGCCAAACAUGCACAUAAGUUCUGUAAUGUUGAUGAUGAUGAGAAUGUAUACAUUAAAAGGGCAGAUGGAAUUGAACGGCAGUAUCGCAAGAAAUGUGGAAAGUGUGGUCUACUUCUUUUCUAUCAACACCAAAUAAAAAAUACCCCGGUUACAUUUAUUGUUGAUGGAGCUGUUGUCAAAUUUGGACUUGGAAUUGGAAACACCAGUGUCUACAGUCAGAAGCCUGAGCCUCCUAAAAAAGUCAGGGUAAUGAUGACAAAAAGGACCAAAGACAUGGGAAAAUUCAGCUCUGUCACAGUGUCUACCAUUGAUGAGGAGGAAGAAGAAAUUGAGGCGAGAGAAAUUGCUGACUCAUACGCCCAGAAUGCUAAAGUGAUUGAGAAGCAGUUGGAAAGAAAGGGGAUGAGCAAAAAGAGACUGCAAGAGCUGGCUGAACUGGAGGCAAAGAAAGCCAAGAUGAAAGGCACCCUCAUUGAUAACCAGUUUAAAUAGAGAGAUGUAGGAAAGUUGUACAUACUUUUUAUAAUCAAAUGUGUAUAUAGAUUUUGAUUAUUUUUUUGCAACAGUCUCAUUAACAGCAACUACCUGGGAGAAACUCAGUUUAACUGCCUUACUCAACAGUAGAAUGAGAGCUUAGGGAUUUGAUCUAGGAAUCCGUCAAUUACAAAUCAAAUGCUCUACCGGUUAAACUGCCUGCUGCUUCCUUUAUGUAUUAUGAAGCAUUUUGCCUGUUUUAUUUUCUUUAUAAUGUGUAUGUCGAUUUAUAAUUAAACAUGAUGUACUGUAACAAUA